GAGGGAAGAGCCCGGCCCAACCACAAGCACAGCCACCGGCCGCAGUCCGAGCCUUUCGCUUAUCCCCGUUAAACCCUCCUCUUAUUUCCUUCGUACUCCACCCAAACAAGCGGCGGGACCCGAUCUUCCGCAUCCAACCACCUAGCAAUGGCCGCCGCCGUCGAGGUGGACGCGGGGCAAGCGGCGAAGCGGGACAAGGAGAUGGAGGAGGGGAAGACGCUGCCGCCUUCGCCGCCGGUGGGUGCCGUGCGGAAGCAGCGGCAACCCACGCCGGAUCACCCACCCUAUUGCUGGAUGAUUGGCGAGGCAAUCGACGAGCUGUGCGAGGAUGGCGGCUCGUCGGAGGACUCCAUCUCGGCUUUCAUCCGCGCCAGGCAUCCCGGCGUGCCGCCGGCGCACGACAGGCUCCUCCGCCACUACCUCAAGAAGCACGUCGUCGAGGGCUUCUUCGUCUGCACCGCGGCGGAGCGGUACCUGCGCAGCCCCGAAGAGGACACGGAUGUGGAGCGCCCGGUGGAGCAGGCCGCGGCGGGCUUAUCCGAGGAGGUGGCGGACGCCAGGAAGGAUGGGGCACUGUCCGUUAUCCCCAAGCGCCGCGCCGCUGCGCAGGAGUAUGUUCCAGCGUCACCAGUUGCUGUUGCCAACAAGGACGGAAGCCAGGCAGCGUCCUCGCUGCCCAAACGCCGCGGACGGCGUCGUGCCGUGGUGGGACUGGCCGCGGCCGAGGACUCUGUUCCAGCAUCACCAGUUGCUGACGGGGAGGACAGAAGCCAGGCAGUGUCCUCGACGCCCAAGCGUCGUGGGCUGCGUCAAACCGCUGCACGACUGGCUGCUGCCGAGGACUCUCUUCCAACUUCACCUGCUGCUGUUGCCGACAAGGACGGAGAUCAGGCAGCAUCCUCGACGCCCAAGCGCCGCGGCCGGCUUCGCAGGCUGGGGAUGACCACGGCCACCAACAGCUCCGGCAAAGCACUCGUCCCAGGCCAGAAAGACAGCAGUGAGGUUCCAUACACCACGGGCAAGGAGCUGGCACUGGUGAUCAUGGGCAAUGGCUCUGCAACAACAUCGAUCAUGGACAUGGCAUGCACCACCGAGGCCACUCCAACUACGCCUAUGGACGGUGGUCAGCCUCUCGAGCUGGCCCUGGUCACCACCACCGACGUGCCUGUGCCUGUGGCAACGCCUGCCAUAGACAACAAGGACGGCCGCAGCGCUCCAUCCUUGGACCUGGCACUCGUGGCCAAGACCGAUGACAUUUGCAGAGCGUCCACUUCACCAGAGUCCAGCAGCCAGGCUCGCGAGCUGGUGCUCGUGGCUGCUGAUGACGGCUCUGUUCCUGUGUUGAUGGUUGCUGACAAGGAUGGUGUUGAGGAGGCUCCAUAUGCAACCAACAAGAGUGUUUGUCAGCCUCGCAAGGCGGGCUCUGUCCCUACCGCAGGAAAGAAGGAUGGUGGCAAGGCUCCAUCAGCUACACCCAAGGGCCAUCGCCGGCCGUGCACACGGGCUGCGGUGGCUACCAACCGCUCUGCUCUUACACCAGUUGCUGGAAAGAAGGCAGGCCGUAAGGUCUCAUUUACAUCACCCAAGCUGAUACCAGUGACUCCCGGUGGCUGCUCUGUCCCAGCAUCUGUUGCUGACCAGGACAGCAUCCAGGCUCGCAAACUAUACCCAGUGACAGCUGAGGAGAUACCAGAUGAUCCGGCGUGUUGUUUGCUCGCUCUGCCUUGUCUGACCCCGGCGGCGGCGAACGCAUAGCUUCAAAACUUGGGCUCCCUGAAGCAUCUCGUAAGCCUAAGAACACUUUUAGAAUUUGCUAAAUGCAGUGGGUAGAAUAUAACUUUAAUGUGUUUUAUUAAUGAACUAUGAGAUUCGUAGCAGUUAUAUGCUUUAUCUAAACUGUCGGUUCAUGUGAAUAUCUUCUAGAAAUGUAUCUUGCUGGAAUAUUCAAGUUUAUUAUGCACCUUUUGCAAUUCAUUCACAUCUGGGGUCUUCAAACCCGUACCAGAAUUUCAAUAAGAAUGACAUGAUA